CGGGGUUGCAUUGUCGCAUACAGUAGUUCCACGUCUUCUUAAGUUUUUGACGAAGCUGCCUGUCAUAAUAUCUUGACUCUAUAUAAGCGAGGGUAUCGUCGGACUCUUCAUAACACUGAUCUCAAUCAAGGACACGCGUUUUGCACUCCGGGUUUGGCCGGGAACAUGCGCUCCAUUUUGGGUUUAAUCGCGUUGGUCGGCGCCGCAACUUUUUACCUCUACCUCUUGACUGUUUUCUUGCCGCCUGGUCCGCGACAUGCUCGCCUUGAUGAAAGUGGAGUGCCAAUCGCUAAUGAAGUUGGGGAGUUGGAGAUGGAAGAAGACAGGAUCCACUUCCCUUCAGACCUGGAGGAGCUCAAGGCUCUGGCAGACCUGCUGAAGUUCUACAAAGCAAAGCACAAGGUGUAUGUGUACGUGCUUUUCUGCAGUGCCUACCUGUACAAGCAGUCCUUCGCUAUACCUGGAUCGUCCUUCCUGAAUAUGCUAGCAGGGGCGCUGUUUGGGACAUGGACCGGCCUCCUAAUCGCCUGCACCAUGACCACCCUGGGCUCCACCUUCUGCUACCUUCUCUCCCGCUCCUUUGGCAAGGCGCAUGUUGUCCGUCUCUUCCCAGACAAGGUGGCCAUGCUGCAGAGGAAGUGUGAAGAGAACAAAAGUAGUUUAUUCUUCUUCCUGCUUUUCCUGAGAUUCUUCCCUAUGACUCCCAACUGGUUCCUAAACAUCACCUCCCCAAUUCUCAACAUCCCCAUCCCUAUUUUCUUGUCCUCCGUCUUCAUCGGCCUUAUCCCUUACAACUUCAUCUGUGUCCGCACGGGCUCCAUCUUGUCCAAGAUCAGCUCUCUGGACGACAUCUUCUCCUGGGGGACACUGCUGCAGCUGCUGAUCAUCGCCUGCGUGGCCCUGCUCCCCGGCAUCAUCAUCCGCCACUACAGCAAGUCACACCUCAAACUGGACGGUCUCGAGCCCAACGGACACCAUGCCGCCAGCACUGCCACCAACGACCGCAAGACCAGAUGACCGCCAGGGCGAAGACACCCGAAAGUUGUGAGGAUACGGCAGACUACAGAAUAACGAAUUAGUUACAACUCAAUAUGAUAUUGCUUUAUUUGAUCACAAAGUGAUGUGAUGUUGAUCAUUUGGUAACACUUUACUCGGACAAUCCGUCUACAGAAACUUAACAGAUCAUCUGUUAAGAUUCAAGUUCAGAAUGUAACAUUUUUGAACAAUCUUAUAUCUUAUAACCAAAUCCUACCCUGAACCUUAACCAUAGUUUGUAGUUAAUAGAAUAUCAACAGAUCAUUGAUAAUCUGAGCAUCUAUACUGUAGAUAGUCUGUGGUCGAACUAUCCAAGUAAAGUGUGACCGAUCAUUUGAUUUGAUAUAUUAUCAAAUUAUUAUUAUUAUUUUUACACUCCUUUAGCGACACUAUUGAUAAUAAAACUGGGUGGUGAGGGGGCCCUAGGGGAUUAACAGGAAGUGCUGAGGUGCGUUCAAAUUCGCAAACAUAGGAAUACAUUCACAAACGUUUGCAAACAAAAAGUUUGCCUUGAGUUUUCUGCAAACGUUUGCGAACACUCACGAAGGAGGAUGUAGUUCUCCACAAACAUUUUGGGCACUGGACAGAGAGUUAGAGAUAGCCAUUGAGAAGGAAUGUUUACUCAGAAUCGUUCUAAUGUAUGUGUUCAUACAAAAAUGUUUGCUGUUAACGUUCGCCUCUGUUCAUUUGAACGCACCUCUGGGCCCCCCCUGUGUUUAAUGUUUAUAUGAAUGAUCCAGACUGCUGCCCCUGCACUCCACACUACCCACUGUGGCACCCCCAGAUCUCCACUCACCCCCUCAAAGGAAGUGAUGGCCCAUUGGAGGAUGUGGGGGGAGGGACAGUUUUAGCACGUCUUAAAGCACUGCCUGCCUGCCAGCUAUGCUGGAGUGAUGUAUGUAAACUAUGAAGCCUUAAUGCUCAAAUGUGCACCAGCACAAACACGCACAGACACACACAAACUUGCAUACACCUUCGCGCAUGCAUGCACACACACACACACACACACACACACACACACACACACCACAUACACACACGUCACCAAAGAAAUGAGAAGCUUUGUGAUUAUGCCUGCUGUUAAGUGUGAUUAGGCCUGCAGGUCUGUGGUAGAGGCACUGGAAGCAGACAAAUGGCUCCUCAAUUCACUCACUUAGUCUUGGGGAGUUAGGAGGCUGUCCUAUCAGAAUGCACAGUGGAGGUUGAUAGAGACAGAUCGUUUCAACACACAGGGCCAUAUGUCAUUGACUGGUAACUUCGAGCAAGCAAAGUCCGCUACAGAUGAGCUAAAGCUAAUGUAAUAUCUUAACAAGAUACUUUAGCUUAUAUAAUAAAUGCAACAGUGGAUACGUAAGCGGAAUGCUCCCACGCUGCUAUACCAUAACUUUGGUUCAUGUGUGACAGAUGUAGCUCGUUGCUAGCUGCUUUACUCAAUGCCCUUCAAUGAAUAGGGCCUAGCAUUUUCAAAAUGUCAAAGUUACAGUGACUGAUGCUACUACUGACAAGCUGAUACACAUGUAUUGUUUUACACUAGCAGUGAACUAAGAGAUGAAAUACUGUGGUAGUAUAACAUCACAGCAACACGCAGCACUACCUGUCUACUCGAGAGAAACCACACUGCCCUUACAUUUAUGUUUACACUGACUAUUUGGAUGUUACUGUGUAUUUAAUCCCUUGUAAUGCCUUGUGUUGUGGCCAUCUGAAGUACUUUAUAGUAGACUGAGCACUUGUUUUAUUUGAACCAAAGCUUCUGCACUGCAAUGAUGCGUUUGAGUGUCUUGACUGUGAACAUCAAUACACUGGGCUUCCAUAAUGGGCUAUCUAUGGAAAAAUCUUAAGGACAAAAUCUAAGUAGACAUAAGGUAAUUAUAUCUUUCCCAUUUAAAUGAUUUGUCAUUAUGUGGAAGCCAGUAUACAAUUAUUAGAGACUAUCCAGUAAAUAAUUCCCGAUGUUGGUCCUUGGUAAUGAGUCUCAGAGUCCCUGAUUCUGUAUAUGUCUAAUAUCAUUCUUCAUGAAUACUAAUAAUUAAUAUCCUCAAUCCCAAAUCACAUUGCAAAAUCAAAAGCUAUAUGUCCAGUUUUCAUAUUUCAUAUUUAACCUUUCACAUUAGGUGCUGAUGGAUGUGACAUGACAGUUUGUCACGUGUUGCUGUUGCAACUCCUGUUGCUAUACUUGUUUGAAUAUCACUCUUUGACAUUUGACGUGAACUUACUCAAACAUGCAUGGGUGCAAGGGCAGCUCUAUCAGAGUAGCUUAAACGCACCUCAGUAUGGUAAAAA